AUGCCUGCAACUUUAAGAGAAAAUGGGCGGAAGAGGCUGAUGGUGUGCACCUCAAAUGAGGGUAAUAUGAGUGAGGCUUUAUUGGAGUCACCUGCGUUGUUCCAUGGUAGACUGUUUCAGGUCAGUAACAUUUGUAGGAACUACUUAUCCCAAAGUGACAACUUUAAGUCAUAUUUUAUUCAGAUCAUCUGUAAGAAAGGAGAGAUGGAAAGACCAGAACUAGAUUUAUUUCUAUAUUUCUCCAUUGAUCAGAACCCUGGAGACUCAUCAGACGAUAGCAGAGAUAUCUCCAGGGGGUUCUUCUACCUGGUCCCUUGUCUUCAUCUUGUAGAUAAAUAUCGGCAGAUAAUGCUUCACAUUCAGGGGGACCUGAGAGCAAAGAGAAGAGAUAUUCAUCUGAACAUGAAGAACAAAGAAAUAUCUGAUAUCUACAUACAGGAGAACAACCGGACAGAGGUCACAGAGUUCCUUCUCUUAGGAUUUCAGGUCAGUCGAGGUUUAAGACUUUUCCUGUUCUGUCUGUUCCUUGUGGUUUAUUGUCUGAUAAUAUGUGGGAAUCUCCUGAUCAUCAACCUGGUGUCCACCAGCAAGAACCUCCACACCCCAAUGUACUUCUUCAUCUCACAUCUGUCCAUCAGUGACAUCUUGUUAUCCACAGAUAUUGUCCCCAACCUUCUUUACAUCCUAAUGAAUAAUGGGGGGACCAUGACUUUUCUUGGUUGUAUGACUCAAUAUUAUUUUUUCAGCUCUUCAGGAAUAUUUGAGUGUCUCCUCCUUGCUGUGAUGUCUUAUGACAGAUAUGUGGCCAUCUGUAAUCCUCUCCGUUACUCCUCUAUCAUGACAAGUGGACAUUGUGUUAUACUGACCGCCAUCUGUUGGUUCAUUGGAUUUUCUUUAACUUUGAUUUUAACCAUAACAACAGCAAAGCUAAACUUCUGCGGACCAAAUAUAAUUGACCAUUUAUUCUGUGAUCUUCUUGCUUUAGUACAACUUUCCUGUUCUGACACAAUUAUUGUCCAAUUGGAGCUUUAUUUAAUAGGCGUUCCAGGUAUCUUCGUUCCAACCACCAUCAUUGUUGUGUCUUAUAACUAUAUUGUGUUCGAAAUUCUAAGGAUCCCAUCCAAUACUGGUAGACACAAAGCCUUCUCCACCUGUAGCUCCCACCUCACUGUGGUCUCUAUAUACUUUUGGACAAUAUUCAGUGUUUAUAUUGUCCCAACAAAUGGACAAACCCUUUCAACUGGUAAAAUCCUCUCCCUGCUAUAUACUGUUCUUACCCCUUUGGUCAACCCCAUUAUAUACAGUCUGAGGAAUAAAGACAUUAAAAAAGCCGUACAGGAAACAAUUCAUAGACAGAGGAUCUAA